AAGAGACACACCGAGUUUUGCAAGGGAUCUCACAAGAGGUGUCAUGAGCCAGUGGUCGGCAGACAGCAGUUUGGACCCUGUCAUCUCGGCUGGGCAUGCAGCGCGGCGCGCGAGGUGGAGACAAGUUGCUCGGAAUCGAGCGGCGAGAGAGGUAGAAGAGCAACUCCUCUUAGCAGCGAUGGCAGUGAAUAUGGAUGAAGAAUCUGAUAAUUGGACCCAGAUUCUGGAAGAGCUGCCGGCGGGGGGGAUCCAUGACCUUACUGCAAUCUCCGAUCACAGCGAGAUGAACGUGGAGGUCGAAACGGGCAGUGGUGAAGAGACCAUUGACGCGGAGGAUGUUCCCGAAACUAAUGCUGGAAGAUUGAGCGAGGCAUUAGGGUUCAAUCAACCAGCUACCAGCGGAAGUGCUAACUGGGGAGAGUCAGAGAAUUUAUGGCACUCGUCGCAAUCACGAGCUGGCGACUGGGAACCUUGGCCACUUCGACUCCCUCCCACCAGCCCACUGCCAAACCCGCCAGUUAGGCAAAGUAGCACAAGAGGCCUUGAUUCAAGCAUUGUGGAUCAAAGCACCAACCCUCCCAUCCCGAGAACAUUUGGGUUUGCGAGUCGCCUCUCUUCUCUCAGGGAGCUAAACCGUCGAACUACUCAUUUGCCAUCCGCAUAUCAUACACCACCUGAACCAACCAACGGCUUUGCUUCGUCGUCUAAUGCCAUUCCUGUCCUUCCUUCUGCACUGCCAGUGCCAGAAACGAACCCACCGCUCUUUACUGCCUCCCCAGAGCCCAUGACAACCACUAUUGGAAGCCCUCUUCUCCUUCCUAGAGGUCUCUCCGAGUUUCGAGGAACACGUCGUACCAGGAUAUUUUCUCCGUUUCCUGCUACGAGCCCGGCCCCCCAUCUAAACUCGGUUCGGGCUCGACCAUUUGCUGACCGUAUCUUUGGGGGCACCUUUUUCGGGGGACAGUCUUUCUCGAGCCCCUUGUUCGAUGAGGAUGAAGAUGACCAUGAUUACCUCGAUAUGAACGAGAUGCAAACAGACGGCGAGGAGCGGUUGGAGAUUGCUGGGUUUGACUUUGGGCUACCAGGGACGGAGAGCGAGGGUGUGUUGUUUGUUGGCAUCGGCAACCCCCUACGAAGUUCUGGCACCAAAAAUCAGAGUAGACUCUUGGAGUUCGACAUGACGCGAUCUUACAGUGUACCGGGGAAGGAGGAAACCGAGGCCAAGGACGAUUUGCCGAGAGGAUAUCGAGUCGGAAUUGGCCGUAGAUACGCGCAAGGGGACUUUGCGUAA